AUGGAAAAUCCAAAAUUAUUCUACAGCUACAUAAGAAGCAGCACACGAAACAGAGAUCCAAUCCCCCUCCUGAAGACUAGCGGAGACGUAGAGAUUAGUGAGGAUGGAGAAAAAGCUGAGCACUUUUCACAAUUUUUCAAAUCCAUCCUUACUAGUGAAAGUCCAUUUACUCCCCCCGACUACGACUUCGAUGAGGGUCCAAAAAUUGAGUCUGUGUCUUUUGAUGAAGCGACGGUUCGCAAAGAGCUAAUGACGCUAAAUGAGUCGAAAUCACCAUGUCCAGACGACAUACCGCCUAAGUUACUGAAGGAGCUCGCUGCCGAACUAGCCAAACCAUUGUCCAUGCUUUUCCAAGCCUCGUUCGAAGCCGGCUGCUUGCCCGCCGACUGGAAAUCUGCGCGGAUCACACCACUGCAUAAAGGAGGCAGCAAGGCCUCUGCAAACAAUUACAGGCCAAUUAGCCUCACUUCCAUCUGCUGCAAACUCAUGGAGAAAAUAAUCAAGCGAGGGCUGAUGCGCUUCCUAGAGCAGUAUAAUUUAUUAUCUGAUGCGCAGCAUGGGUUUCGUAGUGGCAGGUCUUGCGUGACUAACCUGCUCAACUGUUUGGAACGUUGGACUCGGUCAGUUGAUGAAGGCAGUGCGCUGCAUGUAGUCUAUAUCGACUUUAAAAAGGCAUUUGAUAGUGUCUCACAUCAGCGACUCCUGCACAAACUGAGCCGAACAGGCGUUAGGGGUAACCUCUUAAAAUGGAUUCAAAGCUUCCUGUUAGACCGUUGUCAAACUGUCCAUGUCGGUGGCCAGAUGUCGACGGGGGUUGUCGUUGAAAGCGGUGUUCCCCAAGGCUCAGUUCUUGGCCCUACUUUGUUCAUCAUUUACGUCAACGAUUGCGUGAGUGAACUGGAUUGUGGUGUCGCCAUGUUUGCGGAUGACAUUAAGCUCUGGAGCGUCAUUCGAACUGCAGAUGACGAAGAGCAUCUGCAGGCGAACCUAAAUCGACUCCAACAGUGGUCAAAGGCCUGGCUUCUGCCGUUCAACGAGAAAAAGUGUAAUAUUCUACGAGUCGGCAGAGCUCGCUGUCCGAACCGUAUGGCCUACUGCCUAAAUGGUAUACCACUGCAAGAAGUGGACUCGCAAAAGGACUUGGGAGUAUGGAUUACGACCUCGCUCAAACCCUCGCUGCACUGCACAAAGAUAGCCAAGUCUGCAAUGUCAGUCCUCUACCUUGUCAAGCGGGCUUUCUCUGCCUUUGACGAAGACUGCUUCGCUAAAGUCUUUCGAACUUUUGUGCGUCCGCAACUAGAAUUUGCUAUCCAAGCUUGGAGACCCUGGACCGCGAAGGACCUCAGCAUCCUUGAAAGGGUUCAAAGGCGUGCAACGAAACUUGUGGCAGGACAGGGUUCCCUACCAUAUGCAACGCGGUUAGCUAACCUUCAUCUCUUUCCCUUGAGUUACAGGCAGUUACGGGGUGACCUGAUACAAGUCUUCCGUAUCAUACGCGGUCAGGACUGCAGCCUCGUACCGGGUGACUUCUUCGAGUUAGCAACCACCACAAAUCUACGAGGCCAUCCAUUCAAACUACGUGUGACAGGGGCCAGACUGGACACACGAAAGUUCUUCUUCUCCAACAGAGUGGUAGAAGCCUGGAAUGCCCUGCCUGUGGAUGUCGUUAUGUCUGCUUCCGUCGAGGUUUUUAAGAGGAAGCUGGAUUUGUGUAGCAGUGUGCACUAA